AACAAUUUCAAGGUUAAAUUCAUUCUAAUUUCCAAUAUAUAUGCACUGCAAGGUUACAAUAACAUUCCUUAUGCAAGAAAAUUAUUACUAUAAUUAGAUCCUGAAGGGAGAAAAAUCGAAUUUAUUUUAAAUGGCCGAUCCGCGGUUCCAAACACCAUACAACGAACCAACAUAUCCAUAUGGAUUACCACCACCACACCUAAACGCACCACAAGGUCCAUAUCCAACUCAACCUCCACAUUCUAUCCACCUAAUGUUGGUCCACAGUGGCAAGGAGGAGAUGGUUACCCAUAUGGAAAUUAUAAUGAAAAUCCACAUUCUAAUAGUAACAACAUUGGUGGUGAAGGCGGACGCAUGGAGAAUCAAUUCACUGCAUCAAGCUUCAGUGAUAAAAAUAUUCGUCAUGCAUUUAUUCGUAAAGUAUAUUUUACUCUUAGUGUGCAAUUAUUAUUCACAUUUGGAAUCGUAUGUAUUUUUUGCCUUGUUAAACCUGUAACGAUUUGGGUACGUCGUAAUCCAUGGUUCUACUAUUUAGCCUAUGCAAUAUUUUUCGUAACGUAUUUGGUACUUGGCUGUAUUGUAAGUGUACGUAGAAGAUUCCCUGGAAAUUAUAUAUGCUUAACUGUAUUUACAUUGGCAUUAUCUUAUAUGGCUGGUUCAAUUGGUGCAUUCUACGGAGCUGAAGCAGCUUUAAUUUCUGUAGCACUGACAUUUGCUCUAUGCAUCUGCAUAACUCUGUUUGCAAUGCAAACACGUUUUGAUUUUACAAUGUGCUCUGGUUUUUUAUUUGUAUUUAGCUGUGUUGUUAUGCUUACUGGGAUUGCAAUCAUGAUUGUAUACUUUGUUUUAGGACCAAAUAAGAUUCUACAGGGCGUUUAUAGUGGUAUCCUAACCCUAUUAUUUGGUUUGUAUUUGGCUUACGAUACACAACUAAUAAUGGGUGGAAGAGAAUUUGAACUUGAACCAGAAGAGUAUAUAUUUGGUGCAAUGCAACUUUAUGUGGAUGUUGUAUUCAUGUUUAUGGCUAUAGCUGGUAUUGCACGUGCAGCUUCGUGAAUCAAUAACUAAACCGAUGAAUCAAUACAAAAGCGUAUAUCUGAUAACCUACACUUAUUAUUAUUAUUACCAAAGGAUAUAAUUUUCCUUGUUUAAAAUGACAAUGAUUAUUACGUAUACAGAAUAAAUAAUAUAAUCAAUAAUUUGAUAAUAAUCUAGACGAAAAUCUAACAGAUUAUCAUUAUUUUGUGAAUAUGUACAAAAUGUAAUCUAUUUUCUUAUUUGUUUUAACGUGUCAUUAUUUGUACUUUAAUGACUUGAACUAUGUAUGAAUUUCGAAAAACAAAUUUAUUGACCGAAAUCAACAAUAAACUUUAUGGAAUAUACGUAACCUAAGUAUUUCUUAUUCAAUAUAAAUGCGUAAAUCAUCAUUGAAACAUCAAUAAUAAAUAAAAUUGGGUAUUGAAUUCCUUCA